UCAGGCUUUGGGGUUUCAGUGCUAGUUUUCAUGGUAUUAAUAGGGUGGGAAACUAUAUAUAUAAUAUUAGUAAAUAUCUGUCGGUAAUCGGUAUCAACGGUAAUAUCAGAUAUUGAUAUCAGCCCAAAUUUUCAGUUCUGUGCAUCUCUAGUUUGUACUCCACAAUAGAACAUCACAUUGUAUUGGUGGAUAAUAACAGUUAAAACUUGGAUUAGGAAGCAUGCAACUUCUGUUGAACAAAAAAAUAACAUUUAAUACAAACCUAAAAUACAAAGACAUCAGUUUUUCUCUACCAGUAAUUUUAAAUGUUGUGCUUUAAUGAUUAGGGUGACGUGUUCCUAUCAGCUGCAGCAGAUAUGUCUCAUUAUUCACAGUCUGCUGUUAUGCAAACCAGAGAAACUACAUGGAAAGUAGAGCUGGAGAGGAAACCCUGCAGGGAGAAGUUAUCCGUCAGCCAACCUGAGAGGACAAAGUCUUUUCUCUGACUCUUAGAAAGAUGGGCGUUAUUAACGAUGUUAAGGACACGCUGUCCAAGGCGGUGUUUAAUCCGUCCAGCUUGAUGUCCGGGCGAGGCGGGCUCCACAUGGCUCAGAUCGUUCUGUGUCUGAUCACCUUCGUCCUGGGAAUGUUCAGAGGAGGGAGCAGCCAUACCUACUGGAUCUACGCCAUGUUCACCUGGGCCUUCUGCCCCAUCAUGACCCUCAUCAUCACCAUCAUCGAGAUGUUCGGGCUCGAUAUAAUCCUCAACAUGUUCUGCAUGGACUGGGGGGACUUCACCACAGGGAUGGCCAUGUCCUCCUCUCUCAUGACCGUCUCCGUCGCCAUAACUUACGCCAACUUCUACGCCUGCCUGAAAUGCCUCUACGGCUCGAUAGUGAGCGUGUUCGCCUUCCUGUGUGGCUUCCUCUACAUGCUGGAAGUGGUGAAGGACAAGUUCCUGGACAAGAAGAAAGGGAGCUACCUGGCAGCUCUUCCCGGGUUCUGGAAGGUUCUGGAGGCCUUCGUGAGCUGCAUGAUUUUUGUGUCUCUCACCGGUUACAGAGACAAGCCAGCGCUGAUCUUUUGUGUCAUCGUGUACAUCAUCCCUUUCCCCAUCCUGCCUCUCAUCAUCGCCACCAACAUCUUAAAAAAGCUGAAGAACUGUUUGCCCUUUAACCUGGACAGGUUUGUCUUUAUUUUCCUGGUGAUCUCAGUUGUGCUGUAUAUAUUCGCAGCUAUCAUGUGGCCCAUUUUCACGUUCAGACACAAUCCACGUCCCAGCGACUGUCCCCCCAGCUUUUGCAUUUGGGCCAUUCAGUUCAUGGUUGCAUUUUUUACUUAUGUGAAUCUCAUCCUUUUUACAGUGGACCUGAUUUUUACACUUCUCGGCAUCUGUGGCUUUAAGCGAACAUAAAUAUUAAGAUUUUUUUAUAGUGUGUCAAGAAAUUUGACCUGAAUAUGCAGAAAAGCUCCACUGUUCUUUUUAAUAAUAUUUCCAAAGAUGCUGUGUUGUAAUUCCAGUAUAAAGUGAGGUAAGGUGAGUGCUGCAUGUCUCUGUCCUUUAAUGGGAACAUCUGACUUAUCAUGUCCACACUGUAAAACAUUUUGAGCUGAAUUUAGUUGUGUCAACUAUCUUCUUCUCUUUAAGUCAAAUAAAUUUCGCGAGUUUUAGAUUUUGAAGCU